AUGAGUGUGAUUAGUUUGGAAACGGUACCGAAAGAGUUUUCUUCAAUUCGAAACUUUAUUCAAAGGUACAACGAGCUAAACAAGUAUAAUCCUGUCAUUGCAUAUUGGUGUUUGUAUUGGGCAGCACAAGUGGGUUUGUCGAAUUCGACUGGAUUAACCAACACUUGUCGUGACUUUUUAUUAAAUUUAGUAGAGCGUUUAGAAACGUUUUGUAAAGUUCGCGCUGUGGAAAGCUCGAAGAUGAGACCGUCUGCGAGAGAAGAGUCAGUGAAUGGGAACAGAGAUGCAUCAGCAUCAGUAUCGAGACAAUUAUCAGAACCAGAGGAUAUGACAGUUCCAUCCCCGAAUACUAGGGACAUGAUCGAAAGAAAAUCAUCGAGAUCUUCUGAGGUUGAUGCUGAGUCGCUAGGACUACCGGACACGAUGACUGGUCGACCAACCUCGAAAGCUCCUUUGGAGCAAGUUUUAGAAGAAGAGUCUCGGAAGGACGCCCAAAAGGAUGCAGAAGAGUCGUUUGAUAUUGAUCGUUUGCAAGAAUCGUUGUCGAAGUUGACUGCGACAGAUGAUGACCGACGAGAAGAGUUGGAAAGAAAAGAAAUUCCUACAGAAAGCUUGCGUGUACCAUCAUCUAGUCAUACGAAAUCUCCAAGUGAGCAUGUAUCAUUAACUGAGCAACGGUCAGACAGUUUUGAUGAUUCAACCACAGCUGUCUCGGAAUCUCCUAGUUUCCCAGUCAGCCAAAUGCAAACAAGACCUUCCAUCGGUUCCUCCACCCUUCCAACAAUGAGCUCUGAAGCUUCUACUGCUCGAAACGACUUGAGCGACGUUGAACACCUCGACCGUAUAGAGGCAGCAAGGGGCCAUGCACGAUACGCCUAUAGUGCAUUGGACUACGACGACUCUGCAACAGCCAUCUUUCACUUGAAAAGCGCCCUGGGCUUACUUGAACCUUAG